AUGUGGCCGAUCGUCAUCAGAGGUGGCGAGAAUGGCACUGAAGACAUACCCACAUUAGUGUCACUCGAAUUGCCGGGCAAUGUAUCAACGGAUACCGAUGUGGAGUUCAUUAAGUAUGGUAACGCGUCACUAGCGGAAGGCACGUCGGGCGAGACACGAAGGGGCGUAGACGAUGUGGAUGACAUGGACGCCAAGGGUAACGGCAAAACGGAAAAUGACGACGGAACACGUUCACAAGCCGGACGGAUGUUGUGGAUCGGCCAUUUUGUGCAGGGGGCGAUUGUGGUAGAGCCAAUCGAGAUCGGGUUUGAAGCCUAG